CAGAGGCAGAGAUAUCUCCGCCUCCGCAGACCCGCCUUUGUAUGAAGUCAGAGUGCACGGGGCGAGAGCGAGGCUGCGAGUUGGGGGCGAGCUAGGCCGCCGCCGCCGCCGCUUCGAUCGACUUGGAUCGACCCGCCGCUACUGCUCGGUGAGCUAUGAUGGGCUCUUCUUCAUCUUGGUCUGCACAAACCUUUGGGUCCACUUCAUCUUCUCCUGGCACAGGCUUUGGGCAAACCAUGGACUCCGUCUCCUCCACUCCAUGGGCUACCUUCUCUUGGCCUUCUCCAACCUUUAUGGUGUCACAUACACCUUCUCCUUCAGGGUCCUCAUGCUGUAAUUUUAAGGGGGUAUCUGAACAGGGCAGCAGGGUCUGUGCUUAUGCGCCAACCGCUGUUGAUGAUCCUUCUAAUUUGUAUCAGAUUCAAUCGAUUUCGGCAAUGCUGGUAAACUGCAACAAGUCUCAUGAAGAGCUUCGACAUGAAGAUUAUGAGAGAGGGGACAGAGGAGGUGACAGCCAGCAGAAAAGCAUUACUCCAGCUCCUAUAUUUCCUGUGUCCUCAUCACCAUCAUUAUCCUGUUCAAGUACACCAUCUUUCACUUUCAGGCCCACGACUCAUUUCAUUGCUCCAUUUGCAGAGUCCACUGAACACCCCCCUGCAGAAUUACAGCCCUCAACACGAGGUUCCACCUCCAGUUCCAACCCAUUCUGGCUCCCAUCUGCUCAGUCAUCAUUUUCAUCUGGAGAUUUGCAAUCCUCAACACAAGGUCAUAGUUCUUACACUCCUGGACUGUCAUUUUAUCGUUACCUGCCCUCAAAGCUAGCAUCCAUGGGAAUCCAAACACCACCUCCAUCACACACUGAGUUUCAAAAGAAUCCCUCCACCUAUUGUCCUAGAUCAUACCCAUCACCUUUUACUGCACACGUCGGAGGUGCACAUUCAGCUUCAGCAUCGACACAAUCUAUGACCACUGCAACAUUACCGUGCCCCCAUUUUUCAACCUCCAAUUCUGCACCUGCUAUGUGUCAGGACAGUAUAUUCAGCAACUCAGCAGGUGCAUUAGAUACAGCUUUAGCAGAAGCAACUUCUACUCAGCAGGGUAUAUUCGGUCAAAACUUCCCCACGACAUCUACUCAACCUGGAAAAAGUCCAUUGAUUGGUUCUUCAAUCGCCCAUUCAAAACCAGCUCUAUCCUCAGAUGCUCAUUGUACUAGCGUCAAUGUUGAUUAUCCCAAUAAUACUGUAGAGUUGCAUCUUCCGGUCAAUGUCAGAUUAGUACGCAUUCAUUUUUCAUCAAGCAAUGAUGGCGCUGGAACUUCACAGGUCAAUUCUGGUCAUGUUGCUAAAUCUACAGAAGCACCUAUUUCUCUAUGUAUCUAUCCUUGGGAGAAUCAUGAGCUGACUAUCCAAUCGAUUGUGAGACCUGUUAAGGAUCAAAUGGGCAAACAGUCUAGUUCAACUGGUGGAUCGGAUCCCAGCAAAGUUCACAAUAGCAUUGGUCGUCCACCAUCAAGAUCUGCUAGGAAUCAGGAGGGGAGCAACGGUGAUGCCCACUCGACCCAGAAAUCAGUAGCUGCACCAGAACGUGAAGUGAUCACUGGGAGUGUGCUGCCUUGGCUCUACAAUGCAGAUUACUACACUCUGCCGUCAAUUGUGGAACUUGCCGUGAAAGAGAGCGAAGAGCCAGGUUACUGUUCCCACGUGCCGCACUUCACUGUAGGCAGGCAUGGCUAUGGCAGCGUCAGGUUUGAUGGGGAGACUGAUGUGCGGAAGCUCGAUAUUGCAUCAAUUGUGGAGUUUAACAACCGUGAGAUCCUUGUAUACAGAGAUGAGAGCAAGACGCCACCUGUUGGGCAGGGAUUGAACAAACCUGCAGAGGUUACUCUCCUGAAUGUGAAGUGCAUCGACCAAAAGACUGGGUUGCAGUUCACAGGGGGGCCGACUGUCGACAGGUACAAGGAGACCCUGGUGCAGUGGACCAAGGAGCACGGUGCGGAGUUCGUGUCCUUUGACCCGAUGAAGGGGGAGUGGAAGUUCAAGGUCAAGAAUUUCAGCCAGCAGGGUGCUUGCCGUUCUUAGGCUAUCUCCAACCGUCGUUCUCUAUAUUCUUCUCUAUAUCCUUCAUUUACAGAAUUCUCUACAAGAUUCUCUCCUCUAUAUGUCAUUUCUCUCCAACAAUGUUCUCUAAAUCUCGUUCUCUGUACAUUAGAAACGUAUUUUGUUCCAAAUUUUUGUACGUACGUAUUUAUUGUACCUCAAAUGCUAUGGACAUAUUUUAUUUUUAUUUAA